GGCCGCUCCGGCCCCCGCCCCCAUCUCUCCCCGAUGAGAAGUAAAAUUUUACUCAAAAUAAGAUUUAAAAAAAAAAAAAAUCCGAGCAUCAUCAGUAUAAUCUGCAGAGCUUGUGGAUCUGGCAUCACCUUCAUAGCCAUAAAAAGAUUAUUAAGAGAAAAUACAACAACCCGUCUCUGAAUGGAUCCUUUAUCGGCUCUACGUGACUUCACAGUGCGGGGCGAGCUCGACAAGGUCACCCAGACGGAAAAUGAAAUCCACUUCGGCUCCGACUACACCUUUGCCUCCUGGAUCGAGACCCCUUUUCGUUCCAAGCAAGGUAAUCUCUACACUCUCCAAACCCUCGUUUUCUUCAUAAAAAACUACAGUCUUAAGCACACCGAGUACAUCCAGACCGCCCGUGCCCACUGCAUCCCUCCCGUUACUUUCCCCGAUCGCAAACCCCUCUUCGAAUACCUCACCGGUAAAAUUGACUCCUCUGACCAGAUCGAAUUUCAUCUCCCCCAAAACCCUAACUCCCUCGAUGGGAACCACGGCGAAACGUUUACUGACGGCGAUGAUAUUCCGAGGGGUAAUAAUUACAAUUACAACAGUUUUACCAUGUUUGAUGACGGAAGAGGUUUUGAAAAUCUUGAGAACAUUGAUUGCUUGGCUUUGAUCAGAGCGGCGGAGAAACCGUUGAAGGACCGUGAGCAGUUGUUGGAGUGUAAGAACAGUGAUUUUUAUAGUGUUCUUGUGUCUUCGACGAGGCGGGAGGAGGAGAGACACAAAAUUGAGUUGCAACAGAGGAAGGAUGGGUUAGUUGCAAAGAACAGGCUAAUGGGAGUUGACGAGAGAGGGUUAGGUUAUGGGGCUGAUGAGGGUUUUGAAACAACACCGAAGCCGAAGAUGUUGCAACUGAAAGGUGGGAAGAUUGGUGAAGGGGUGCCAAUCAUUCUGGUGCCGAGUGCUUUUCAAACUUUGAUAACUAUUUACAAUGUGAAGGAGUUUUUGGAAGAUGGAGUGUUUAUUCCUACUGACGUGAAGGUGAAGAACAUGAAUGGGGUGAGGCCGGAGUGUGUGACAGUGCAGAAGAAGUUUAGUAGGGAUAGAGAUCAGGUGGUAAAGGCCUAUGAAGUUAGAGACAAGCCAUCAACAUUGAAGGCUGAGGACUGGGACAGGGUUGUGGCUGUUUUUGUGUUGGGGAAGGAGUGGCAGUUCAAAGAUUGGCCCUUCAAGGACCAUGUGGAGAUUUUUAACAAAAUUAUUGGCUUUUUCCUGCGGUUUGAAGAUGACAGCGUGGAGUCUGCAAAGAUUGUGAAGCAAUGGAAUGUAAAAAUUAUUUCUAUUAGCAAGAACAAGCGUCACCAAGACACAGCUGCAGCUUUGGAGGUCUGGGACAGACUAGAAGAAUUUGUUCGGGCACGGUCACAUUCCUAAAAGGUGCAGAGUUUUAGAGAAUUUUUUUGAUUCUUGAGAUGGUGAUAAAGAUUUUUGGGGCCAUGUGUCUAUGGUAAGAAAUACCACAUGAGAUCCGGGUUGGAACGUAUGUUAGAUCAGUGCUCCAUGUAACAGUGUAUACCAGCACUUCUAUUCUACUGAAUUCAAUAAAACAAUAAUUGUCCGAAGCUGUAGCCAACUUGUUUUAAUCUCCCUUGCUGGAGCUGCUUCCCUGUAGUACUUGGGUUGCUGAUUGUAGACAAGAAGUGAAUUUUCUCGCAAACCAAACAUGGUCUAAUAGUUAUACAGUCAUUUCUGCGAAUUGUUUAUGGGAAGCAGGCAUUUCUUUGUUGACUCAAUUCUGCAAAUACACUGAGUAUUUUUGUGUACACCAAGAUGCUGUAAUCUGUCAUACAGUAAACCUAUGUAUUAAGGAGUUACAAACUGUUAACUUUUUUGUUUAAUUAUUGCUUUAAAUCAUCAUGUCAAAUAGUAUUGUCAGAAGUUCAAUUUUUCGUAUCCAAAUUCAGUUUUUAACUUGGUUAUCUUUGGAACAUAUCAAUUCCCCUUGCACACAUAUGACUGUGCAUCAAGAAAUUUCAAUUUUUAAGUUGUUCU